UCCCUCUCCACGAGAGUGAGAGAGGGAUAGAACACUUCAUCUACAAAACACGAGCAAAUCAAGAGCAGCUGACAAAAACAAGAUAUUUAAUUCCACUUCUAAAUUAAAACCUGCUAAAUUAAAAUUAAUUUAAUUUACUUUGGCCAGUUAAUAAUUAAGUCUAAACAGAACAAUUCACUCCAACGUUGCACUCAUCUUCUUCAUAAUAUAGUUUUUAUUUACCAGAAAUAUGCUGAAAGAAGACGGAUUAAAGAAAAGAAGGACGAGACAUAUUUUGCAAGACUUACUUUCCUCCACGGUCCGUCUUAAAAGACCAAAUUAUGUCCCCAGAAGUCACGGACGGGUUAAGAAGUUAUCAUGCGAAGAAAAUGAGGAAAAUCCUGUAUCCCCAGAGGUAACGUCGUGCUGUUCGGUCUGCUCUGAAUCUGGGACAAAUCUGCGCCCUCUCGCCGUCCAAGAAAUGGAAAUUCUUGCCAAGUUCGUCCUAAGCCAGGAGCAAAUUGCUCUCAUUUUACAAACUGAAGAUCAUCCGCCAAUAUUUUGUUGCAAAAUUUGUUCCUCCGCGAUCCUCUCGUUGGCCAAGUUGUCCAUGGAAAUAGAAAAUAUUACGCUUUCAAUUCGUGCUGUCAUUUCCAGGAGGAACGGGCUGUUUAAUAAAUUGCGAAAAGAAUCUGGCAAAAUUCCUGACUUGUCCGGCGGAAUAAGGACUGAAGAAUCUUCCCAAAUUAGCGAAUUGUCCCCGGCGGAGAACAGUUGUCGCUUCGAGGAAAAUUUACCAGCACCUAACGACCAGGAACAAUUAACCCUUGAGCAGGAUGACCGAAUUUCCGUAAAAUCUGAGCCCAUCGCGGACGACGACGACGACGACCAAGAUCUUGAAAUCACACCUGAUCUAGAUUCUGAUUACCAACCUGAAAAAGACGUGUCACCGGAAACCGGACAAAUCGCCGAUGACGAUGACGACCUAGCUCCUGAAAUCGCCCCUGAUUCCGACUACGAACCAGACAAUGCGGAAACGAGUGGGGAGGAGGAAAGUGACGAUGACGAUGACUAUGGCGCAAAUGUGUCUAAAUCCAAGUCCAAGAAGUCCAAGUCGGAAGUUGAAGAUGAUAUUGAAGCAAAACUAGUGUGUGAUCUUUGUCAACCGAUCGUCACCUUUACAAGGUAUGACACCCUCCGGCGCCACGUGAUGAAUAACAAAAUUCAUAAAAAUCUUAAACAGGAGGAUUACAUGCCAACCCUAAUCGCUGCUAAACAAAAGAAAAAGCUCGUUCUCCGACAUGAGCGGCGAUUUCCAUGCGACAAAUGUGACAAACGGUUCAGCUCCAAGGACGGCGUCUACCGACACAAUCGAACCGUUCACGAUGGGGUUCGAUACCGACGGAAGUGCGACCUCUGUCCGGCCGCCUAUUACGACACGAGAACGUUUUACAACCACAUGCUCAAAAGCCACAAGAUUCCAAUUCCUGCAAAGUACAGGGAAAAACAAUUUUUUAGUCAUUCCUGUGACAUGUGCGAGAAAACCUUCACCAUGAAGACGAACAUGCAUAGGCACGUGGAGCUGGUCCAUUUUCCGGAUAAGACGUCCUGUCCGUACGGAUGUAAAAGCAAGAUUGACUCGGAGGCUGAAUGGUUGCAGCAUUUGGAGGUGUGCGAGUCACCGAAAAUUACUGCAGAAUCCGCAUGCGUUUGCAACCACUGCAACGCCGUUUCACGCAACGUCCUGCUCCGGAUGGAACAUUACUUUCGAGAACAUGAAGACAAAUUAUACACGUGUGCGCUUUGUGGGGGAAGAUUCACGGUUCGAGACGUCCUCUACAAUCACAUUUGCACUGCAAACGCUGCCGGAAACUUGGGACUGACGCGGAGAGAUAAUUACAGUUGUAACAUGUUGUUGCAAAAUACUUCCGAUUCAUCGGAAAAAUGAGACAUUUUUCUGUCUUUUAAGAAUAAAUUCUUCUGGAGAAGUGCAAAAUUGUGGACAAAAAUCACUAAUGUAUGCACACUCUUAAAAAAUGUUACCCGAUUUAAAAGUAAAUGUAUCCUGAAUUAUGUAAUAAGUAAACUAUAGUCAAUCCAGAGUAGCGUGAACCUGGUAAAGAGUAAAGUUUGCCCUGGAUUUAGUGUAAUUUACAAUUACAAUACUUAAUUUAAAAUGUACUGAAUUUAAUUUUGGAUGGGGUAGCAUUAUUUUUAUGAGUGUACAGACAUCAGCGAUUCUUUUGCAAUUCCUGCCUGAUUUUUUUCGAAACUUUCUACUUUCAUAAUUGCUAUUUAUGUACCUAUUUACAUAAUCAUACUUGUGUUUUUGCCGAAUUUUAUAAUUUGUUGAGUUUCCAUUGAUUUAUUCAUGAGAAUAAAAUCGUGAAGGAAAGUUAUUAUCGUCCUGGAAAUCAUGCACUUUGUUCACGCGGACGUGGAAAUGCAGCAUUUUUGUGCAAGAAUAAAUUAUUCUGUGCAAAAUUGUGAAUAAUAUUGUAUAAAUAAAUUUCGCAAAUAUACACGCUAUUAUCUGCGUAGAA